CUGCCGAAUCAAACGAAAAAUGUAAAAUUGAAUAAAUUAUACUCUUUCAAGUCUACCACAAUAAUUCGCUAUAUUAAUGUUUUUAAAUGUAGGGGUGGGACUAACACUUAAUUGCGUCUGCUGACCGCGCGUCAACCCGAAUUAAUUUGGUACGUGAUCAAGCAGUAAAUUAAUCAGGAUGCCAUCUACACAUCUAAACUUGCGCGAAGAUGAUGUGGUUCGCUUAGCUCUGGAAUUUCUCCACAAUCGCGACUUACAUAUCACCCAGCUGUCGCUAGAGCGUGAAACCGGCGUUAUCAACGGAAAUUACGCUGAUGACGUUCUGUUUCUGCGCCAACUCAUCUUGGAUGGCCAGUGGGACGAUGUUUUAGAGUUCAUUCAACCCCUUAGUGCGCUCAAAGCUUUCGAAAGCGAUAAAUUCAACUACGCAAUUCUCCGACACAAAUAUAUAGAGUUACUGUGCAUCAGGUCUGAAAUAAAAGCUUAUAAUAAUGUCGAAAAUAUUGUAGAUGAAGUUGUUAAAGUUUUGAGCGAAUUGGAGAAAUUGGCACCUUCGAAAGAAGAAUACUCAAAUUUAUGCUUACUGUUGACUUUGCCCAGCAUCACUGAUCACGCACAAUUUAAGAAAUGGAAUCCAAGCAAUGCUCGUGUCCAGUGUUUCCGAGAAGUGUAUCCACUUGUAGAACAGUUCUUACCAUGUGACAAAAAAUCUAGUGGUACAGUGUCAAAGUGCGCCAAAAACGAUCGCUUGAUGCAAUUGCUUAUAAAAGGUAUAUUGUACGAGUCAUGUGUUAAUUAUUGUCAGGCUAAAGCUACAGGCUCUAAGGAGGCACAGUCAAAUGAAGUAAACUUUUCAAGGUUGCUAGAUGGAUCUGGGUUUGAUGAGUCAGAUUUGAGUUUACUGUCAUGGCUUCAAUCUAUACCUACAGAAAUCUUUAGCGUACCAUUCGAACAAAGAAUGCUAAAUGUAGAUGUUGAGAAAUUGGAACGGCCUUCAUUGCAUACUUCGUGGACGGAGCACAUGCUCGUGACACCUAUAAAACCGAGAACAUUCCCUCACUUAGCAAUGCCAUUUAGGCGACCUCGAUCAGCGGCGGAUGCUAUGACCAGAUCAUUGCGACCUCUUCCCGACGGUGCUCCACGACAUCCAGCUGUUAUGGCUCUGUCUGCUAUAGACUAUGGUCCCUCGUCUUCCUGUUUUGCCGGCUUUCAUCUGACGGGUAUUAAAGGGAGUAAGCUAAUGAACACAUCAGUAGAUAGACUUUUUGACAAUAAAAACGGUGACAGCAUUUUUAACGGGCUCAACGAGGCACUGAAACCGAACAAAAACGGCGAUAGGAUUUUUAAUGAACUUAAUGAAGCAUUGAAACCAAUUGAUGAGCAACAUCUUAAAGCUACAGGAGAUUCAAAAGCUAAUGAGGUAUUUGUUGAAGCUUCGAAUGCCACUACUCCAGAACACAGAGGCCAGGACUACUCGGCUUCUACUUCGAUAUCGACUACAGCGGCAUCCACUGAACGCUCCUCACUAGCAGAGCGGGCGCCGCCGCAGCCUGAACCGGCUAUGACUGUUGGUGCUCAGGGAGAUUUUCGCCGAGAAUUACUAAAAGAAUAUCAAAUACAAAAACAACGCGAAUGUGACGAUUACCUCCGCAAUCUUUGCUCUUCGGAUUUGAGGCAACAGAAAACAAUGGAGCAAACAAAUGAUGCUGCGUUAGCUUUUCCGUCCGCCGUCAAGUAUCCACAGCAGUCGCCUGACAAGCCUCGUGACUCUGCUUCAUUCAACAAGGCCAGUGACACACAUGAUACGCCGAGUGUUGGAGAUCCUACAAACGUAAGAUGACGUUGAUGUAUAUUUCUCGCUUAUAUUUACACUCGCAUGCAUGUUCCUCUUUUCCGUC